AGUAUAUAACCAACACUCACAUGUAGUGCUACCAUGUAAAAGCUCUGUAUUGCAAAGUUUUGCCUGAAAACAAAAAUUAAGAGGAGGGUGGGACAGAGUGGAGAUUGUAGCGCCAUGGGAAGACCUCCUUGCUGUGACAAAGUUGGGAUCAAGAAGGGACCAUGGACACCUGAGGAGGAUAUCAUCCUUGUUUCUUACAUCCAAGAGCAUGGCCCAGGAAACUGGAGAUCAGUGCCUACUAAUACUGGGUUGUCAAGGUGCAGCAAAAGCUGCAGACUGAGAUGGACUAACUACCUCAGGCCAGGAAUCAAGAGAGGGAACUUCACACCUCAUGAAGAAGGAAUGAUAAUUCAUUUGCAGGCGCUUCUGGGAAACAAAUGGGCAGCCAUAGCUUCGUACCUACCACAAAGAACAGAUAAUGAUAUAAAGAAUUAUUGGAACACACAUCUAAAGAAGAAGCUGAAGAAAUUUCAAGCAGCCUUGGACCCCCACCUUGUGUCACCGGACUCAACUACGUCUGCUCAGUUUGUAUCUAAGACCUUUCAUGACAGAACAAGUUUAGAUAUGAGCAGCACUUCAUCUCUUAGGCUUAGUCAGUCUCAGUCUCAGUCACAGUCUCAGUCUCAGUCCUCCUCCUCCACCUAUGCCUCAAGCACUGAGAACAUCUCACGCCUCUUACAAGGUUGGAUGAGAUCAUCACCAAAGCCGGACACUAAUCUUCUCCAAGUAACCAAAGACAAAGAGCUUGAAGACAACAACGUUAACAGCUUCGAAAACAGUAAGCCGAUGAUGAAGUCUGCAUCAGUACCUGCUGCUUUAAAUUUUGUGUCCUAUCAUCAUCAAGCAAAAGAUGAGAAAGAGGGUGGAGAGAUGGUGUCCCAUGAAGAGUUCGAUUCCAUUCUGUCGUUCGAGAACCUUAAUAAUGCUGCUUGGGACAAGUCCACUUGUGAUUCUGUGCAUGAUAGGAGUUCUGAGGCUGCAGCUGAGAAGGUUUAUGAUAAACAGAGAUCAGAUAGCAACAGUGCUCCUCCAUUAUCGUUCCUUGAGAAGUGGCUGUUUGAGGAAAACGUGGGCCAUGAGGAGAUGAUGGAACUAUCCCCUAUGUUCUAACAUAGCAGCAACGUAUAAGAUCAAUCCCUGAUAAUAAUUCCGGGGCAUGACAAUUAAAAAACAUGACCAGUCAGAGAGGAAAGGACACCCAAAAAGGAAAAAAAAAAGUUAGGAUUUUUAUUCUAUAUAUGAUGAGGGUCUUGUAGUUUGGAUCUCUCUCUUCCAACAUGUAACUUGAAGUUUAUGAAUGAUUUACCUCACGCAAGCCUAGUGAAUCAAUUAACCCAGCUCACUGCCUUGUGAAAAAAACUACAAAUGUUUACUUGAGCAUGAGGCCAUAUAAUAAGUAAUUUUCUGAUA